AGCCCUGUGCUGCAGCCUGCCCUGCCACCUGUGUCGACCCGAUGGCUCCUGCUACCUGCAGCCUGCCGUGCGUGGAGGACUGUGUGUGCGACAGUGGGUACCUGCUCUACAAUGACCAAUGCGUGCCCAGCCAGCAGUGCGGGUGCUGGCACAAUGGGCAGCACUACCCCGUGGGCUCAGAGUUCUGGACGGACAACACCUGCUCCUCAAAGUGCACGUGUCCCGCGCGGGGAAGCAAAGUCCAGUGCUCCGAUGCCUCAUGCCCCGCGGGCCAGUACUGCGGGGUGCAGGAUGGGAAACCUCAGUGCCUCGAACAAUCCUACGGCAUCUGCCAUGUCCACGGUGACCCUCACUACAACACCUUUGACCAGGUGACGCACAACUUCAUGGGCAACUGCACCUACACCCUGGCCAAAGUGUGCUCCAACACCACCUCCCUGCCCUACUUCAACGUUGAGGCCAAGAACGAGCAUC